CCUGGACAGCCGGAGCAGAGGAGCAGCGCCAUAGACGCUGGGGAAGUCUGAAAUGUUUGAUGUUUUGUAUGGACAAACUGUGAAUAAAUGUGAGGAAGAAUGAUUCAAAUAGCAGGAUGGGUUCACUCUGUGACGGUCAUAACCCCUGAGAGAACUGUGGUGGGAAAAGCCGGCUCUACGGUGGUCCUGCCAUGCCAGUACUCCACCACUGUGGGCAGUCAGUUUGUGGUAGAAUGGAAGUUUUUGCCUGGAAACACCCAAACGGCAAAAUGGCAGCAGAUUUAUUACUAUUCUGAUGGAACGACAUAUAAACCCGGGUCCCAGGCCGACCGACUGACCGCCGUCCACCACACCCCGACCUCGGGGGCCGCCUCCAUUCAGCUGACCGAUAUCUCUUCGCUGGACAAUGGGACCUAUGUGUGUGAAGUGAAUAAUCCUCCUGAUUUCAGCGGCAGCGGAUCCGGGAUCAUACAGCUCUCGGUCCUCGUUCCUCCAACUUCUCCGUCUUGUCAUGCUAAUGGAAACGCCAUCACGGGACACGACAUCACCCUGAGCUGCUCUUCCACUGGAAACCCCACGCCCGUCUACGGAUGGACCAUGGUGGGCACAAAAACUGCUCUACUGCCAGGAAUUCUGGAAAAUGAGGUAACAGGAUCCCUUCUGCUCACUAACCUGUCAGCACCAAUGUCCGGCACUUACCUCUGCACGGCCUCCAAUGAAAUGGGAAAAGCCACGUGUGAAGUGACAAUAUCGGUAUCAGGUGCGUCUGAGGCCGGGGUGGUGGCCGGAGCGGUGAUCGGGGUUCUCCUGGCUCUCAUCCUGAUCGCUGCCAUUCUACUUUAUUUGUUCUGUUAUCGAAAUAGAAGAAAGGAAACUGCAAAAUCUGAUCACCCAGGGAAUGAGAUCAGGGAAGACGCAGUGUCUCCAAUGAUGGGUGACGAGCAGAGGCGCUCCAGGGACUCUCAUCAUUCCCAAGGAUCUCGAGACAGAAGCGAGAACCGGGCGCGGGUCGUGUAGUGUAUAAAGAAGUGAUGAGAAAGGAUGACAUGUAUGGGGAUCUGGCAGCACCGGGGUACCACCCCAAGAUCCUGCAGCCACAUGAUACAAGGAAUCUGCUGUAUAUAGAUCAGU